AUGACACACCUUUCGAGUGGCAUCGUUUCCGCUUUCAAUGAACUAACAGCCGCAAGAGAAGAAAUGCAUGCUAACAACCUUGUUAGCGGUAGCAGCAGUAAAAACAGCAGUAGUAACAUCAGUCAUCAACAUCCUAUUAUGAUAAGUGGAAAUAAAGAAGAAGAUUAUAUGACGAUGGAGACCGGUGGUGGAUUAUAUAUGGAAGGCUGUAUGGAUUUUGUUAUUGGGACCGACGAUGAUGAUGAUGAUGAUAACCUCCAGGGCAAUCAUGUCAACAUGCUCAAUCAACACCAUAGUAAUAACAAUAACAAUAACAACAAGAUUGAUAUGAGUUUGGAUGAUAAUAACAUGGAUGGGGAUGUGGCUUUCAUUUCCACAAUGGCACUGCAGACUAUCGGCUCCGACUGUGUCCCACUCGCAUAUCCCAAUAAUAAUAAUAAUAAUAGAGUGAAGGGAGAACAUGUGUCGGGUCUCAUCAGCGGAAUGGAAUCUACUUUAAAUGAGACACAGCAUCAACAUCGACAAUCCCAAUCCCAACAGCAGCAGCAGCAGCAGCAACAACAAUCCUCUCAACCACAACAACAACAACAAUCACAAAACUUUUCAAUCUCCAUGGCUAAUGGUAGCACCAAUUCGGAUCCGUUUAUUUACUCCUACACAAGUUGGCAGAAUCUCCCAGCCCCUGGAUGUACGAAUGGGGAAAUAUCACCAGCAGUGUCCAUCACGGGAGAACCACUACUUGUGAACAAUCUACAGCACGCACCACCACCACCGCCACCUCCACCACAACAAUACUUUAGCGGGUUUUCGGAUGGAAAUAUGAUGGAUGCCGCCGUACUUUAUUCCCAACAACAACAACAACAAUCUCAACAACAACAACAACACCGACAGCAUCAUCAUCAUCAUCAUCAACAACAACAACAACAACAACAGUAUAUGGAUGAUGCGAUGAUACGCAGCAAUCUCUUUGUCUCUGGUCUCCAUCCCAGUGUGACGGAUGUGAAAUUGCAUGAACUCUUCCAGCCGUAUGGCAGAAUUGAGUCUGCAAAAGUCAUGCUGGACAUCCACACCGGCAAGAGCCGCGGUAUUGCCUUUGUAAAGUUUGACAAUGUGAACAGUGCGGAACAGGCAGUGGCGGCACUCAACAACAGUGUGCAUCUCGGCGAGACGAUUGCCGUUCGAGUGGCCAAACCCCACGCCGCCUAUCGCCCGGGGGCACCGACGAAUAAAACAUUUGUGCGGAAUGUUCCUCUCACUGUGAAGAAGUCUGAUCUCGCCGCCCACUUUAGCCGCUAUGGAGAUGUCAUUGAUGUCUCCAUCCACAGUGACACCGCCCAGCGGGCGACGAAUAAAAAACGGAAUGUUGUGUUCGUCACGUACACCACCAAAGAGGCCGCUGCCCGGGCUGCGCAGGAAACACACACCACCAUGCCGUUUCAGGACUGCGAGGGAAUUCCACUUCUCGCCAAAGUCGCAGAGGACUCCGCCCAUCGCAUUGAAAGACUCGCACGGCGUGGGGCUGGUCGUGGCGGUAAAUCCGGUGAUAACUGCGGUGGAGUUCCCCAUCAUCCACUCCACAACAUUCCCCAUCAUCCCCAUCACAGUAUGCAUGUCCCACAUAAAGGAAUGGAUCCCUUUGCCUCCGCCAGCAUCUCCUCUUCAUAUCCGUUUCCACCCACAACGGCACCCCCACCAACAACAACGACGGUGUGUGUUUCGCCUAUUCUCACUACAGAUCCAUACGGCACAUACACCGCCCCACCCGCAACGGCUUUUUACGCAACACCAUUCAUUCCAAUGCCCCCCAGCUUCAAUGGGGGUAAUAACAGCACCACCAGUCUGCAUAAUAAUAAUAAUAAUCAUUCCAGUAGCCCGUGCAAUAUUAGUGUUAUCGGCAAUGGCAGCAGCAGCAGUAACAUCCUUAACAGCAAUAACAAUAACAACAACAACAACAACAACGGUAAUAACCACCACAGUAAUAAUACGAAUAGUAAUAAUAAUAAUAAUAAUAACAACAACGGAGGUGGUGGAUUUGCUCCUAUUCUCGUCCUUGGCCCAGAUGCAGCACCACCACCACCACCGCCAAUGUACACAUCAUACGAUGGCUCGCUGCACUCUCCAGCUCAACACUUGGGCAACAGCACUACCAGCAGCAGUAAUAAUAACAACAACAACAACAAUAACAAUACUAUAAAUACUAAUAAUAAUAAUAAUAACAAUGCAAACGGCAGUAAAUUGACCGAUCACAUCUCACCACUCAUGAUGUGCCCCACACGACACGCAGCCAUGAUGGCACCCACGCCUACUGUAAUGUAUUACAUGUCCAACGGUCAAAUGGCACUCGGACCACCAUCGCAUGCAUAA